AUGGCUCUUCAACUAGCUGAUCGUUCUAUCAAAUACCCUCUGGGUAUUCUCGAGGACGUUCCGCUGAAAGUAGGCGAUUACUACGUACCGGUCGAUUUCGUUGUGCUUGACAUGGACGAAGACGCCAAAACCCCGUUUAUUCUAGGGCGGCCAUUCUUAAACACUGCAGAUGUCAUUGUCCACGUUCGGGCCGGCCGACUGACACUCAAGAUCGGUGACGAAACGGUGGAAUUCACGCUCGACCAGAAUUUCAAGCAACCAUCUACAAUAGACUCUAUAUGCUACAUCGAUUUGAUGGAGGCUUUAGCCGAUGAGGUACUCUUUGAAUUUCGUGAUUUCGAUGCCCUCUCUAUUGCUCUUCUUUCUGAACAGGGCUACAGUACCUCUACGGAGCCGAAUCUUCAAUAA